AUAAAAUAGCAGAUUGUUUUUAGAAGUGUCCUUAUCAGGCAAUUUCCAUAAUUAAUUUGCCCAGCAAUUUGGAGAAAGACACUACCCACAGGUACAGCGCGAACAGCUUUAAACUCCACCGGUUGCCUACUCCAAGACCUGGGGAAAUACUUGGUCUCGUCGGCACUAAUGGAAUCGGCAAGUCUACGGCUUUGCGAAUAUUGUCCGGUAAACUGAAACCGAACUUGGGAAAGUUCAGGGUAAUGGUGAUAGAAGUUUUGGUUAAUAGAUUAAUAUGUAACCGUGUGAAGGAUCCUCCAGAAUGGCAAGAAAUAUUGGUUCAUUUCCGUGGUUCAGAACUGCAGAAUUAUUUUACGAAGAUUUUGGAAGACAAUCUCAGAGCGAUGAUAAAGCCGCAGUACGUGGAUCAGAUUCCUCAAGCGGCUAAAGGCACCGUCAGAGAAAUGGUCGACAAGAAAGAUGAUCUUCAUCGGAAGAAAGAAGUCUGUGAACAUUUAGAAUUGCACCACCUGCUCGACCGCAAUAUCGCAGACCUGUCCGGUGGCGAAUUGCAGCGGUUCGCUAUCGCCAUGGUGUGUAUCCAGAAGGCAGAUAUCUACAUGUUCGACGAGCCAUCCAGCUAUUUAGACGUCAAGCAGCGGUUGAAAGCGGCCGUCGUUAUCCGAUCGAUGGUUCACGCCGACAACUACUGUAUCGUCGUCGAGCACGAUUUAUCCGUCCUGGACUACCUAUCAGACUUUAUCUGCGUACUGUACGGCGUGCCAGGUGCCUACGGCGUUGUAACGCUGCCGUUCUCCGUGCGAGAAGGCAUCAAUAUCUUUUUGGACGGCUUUGUACCGACUGAAAAUCUGCGAUUCCGAGACACGGCGCUGAGCUUCAAGGUUUCCGAACAAAUGGUCGAAGAGGAGAUAAAACGAUUGUGCCGCUAUAGCUAUCCUCAUAUGACCAAAAGGCUGGGUACGUUUCUGUAUGUUCGUGUAAUAUCGGCAUGAAA